AUGAGCGUCAACGAGGCGAUGCGCGGCUACCCGCAGGCCACCGACGACCUCGAGGAGGCCAACGAGAUGAUCGCCAGACUGGAGAAGCAACUCGCUGGCCACCGCGAGUUCCAAGCCCGUGCCCUGGCCCUCGAGAUGGAGAUGGUCAAGGUGGAGCAGGACUCGGAUGCGCGUUUUGAGACGCUCCGCGAGCGUGCGGAGCAGUCGCGUCGCGGAUGGCGCCGUACGGUCGGCGAAUUCAAGCACAAGCACGGCAUCGACAAGCCCGUCGCCGAGGAGGCGCGCGCCCCGCUCGUCAAGAGUGCCCUGGAGAGCUACGACCGCGUGCUGGCGACGCUCGCCGAGCUGAGGACGGCCACCGCGGAUGGCCCUGCGCGCCGCCAGCUCGACGAGGACCUCAUCAACAUUGACGCGAUGAAGCGCCGCCUGGUGGACCCGGUACCACUUGCCGGAAGCGCUUCU